CACAGAGCACAUGAAAUUCUCCUCUGUUUCCGAGGAAAAACCAGGGCUUCUGGCCCCACCUGCCCAGCCCCUCACGACGAUGUUCCCGGGAGCGUGGUUGUGCUGGGUCUCACUCCUGCUCCUGGCGAGGCUCACCCAGCCUUGCCCCGUGGGCUGCGACUGCUUCGGCAGGGAGGUCUUCUGCUCAGACGAGCAGCUGGCCGACAUCCCUCCGGACAUCCCCCCACACAUCACAGACAUUGUCUUUGUGGAGACUGCCUUCACCACGGUGAGGACCAGGGCUUUCAGCGGUAGCCCCAACCUGACCAAGGUGGUCUUCCUCAACACUCAGGUCCGUCACCUGGAGCCCGAUGCCUUUGGAGGACUGCCCAGGCUGCAGGACCUGGAGAUCACGGGCAGCCCCGUCUCCAACCUCAGCGCCCACAUCUUUUCUAACCUGAGCUCACUGGAGAAGCUCACCCUGGACUUUGACAGGCUGGCGGGUCUGCCUGAGGAUCUCUUUUGCCACAUGGACAUCCUGGAGUCCCUCCAACUUCAAGGAAACCAACUCCGAACCUUGCCCGGGAGACUAUUCCAGUCUCUGAGGGAUCUGAGAACCCUCAACCUGGCUCAGAACCUCCUGACACAGCUGCCUAAGGGGGCGUUCCAGUCACUCACUGGCCUGCAGAUGUUGAAGCUGAGUAACAAUAUGCUUGCCAGACUCCCCGAGGGAGCGCUGGGCAGUCUGAGCAGCCUGCAAGAGCUCUUCCUGGAUGGCAAUGCCAUCACAGAGCUGUCCCCACAUCUGUUCUCACAGCUGUUCAGCCUAGAGAUGCUAUGGCUGCAGCACAAUGCCAUCUGCCACCUGCCGGUCUCUCUCUUCUCCUCCCUGCACAAUCUGACCUUUCUAAGCCUGAAGGACAACGCACUGCGGACUCUGCCCGAGGGUCUCUUUGCCCACAACCAGGGCCUCCUUCACCUGUCUCUUUCCUACAACCAGCUGGAGACCAUCCCCGAGGGGGCCUUCACCAACCUGUCACGUCUUGUUUCCCUCACGCUCUCGCACAAUGCCAUCACUGACCUUCCCGAGCAUGUUUUCAGGAACCUCGAGCAGUUGGUUAAACUCUCUCUGGACAGCAAUAACUUGACGGCCCUGCACCCGGCUCUCUUUCACAAUCUGUCCAGGCUUCAGCUCCUCAACUUGUCCAGGAACCAGCUGACCACGCUCCCCGGGGGCAUCUUUGACACCAACUACGACCUCUUCAACCUGGCUUUGCUUGGCAACCCCUGGCAGUGCGACUGCCAUCUGUCCUAUCUCACCAGUUGGCUCCGUCUUUACAACAACCAGAUCUCCAACACCCAUACUUUCUGUGCAGGCCCCGCAUACCUCAAGGGCCAGUUGGUGCCAAACUUGAAGCAGGAGCAGCUGAUAUGCCCGGUCAACCCAGGCCACUUGAGCUUCAGGGCCCUGGGGCUAGAUGAGGGGGAGCCAGCGGGCAGUUGGGAUCUGACUGUGGAGGGGAGGGCAGCUCACAGCCAGUGUGCCUACAGCAACCCUGAGGGCACUGUGCUGCUUGCCUGUGAGGAGAGCCGGUGUCGCUGGCUGAACAUCCAGCUGUCUUCCCGGGACGGCUCAGACUCUGCAGCAAUGGUCUACAAUUCCAGUCAGGAGUGGGGGCUGAGGUCAAGCUGCGGCCUCCUAAGGGUCACUGUGUCUAUUGAGGCUCCGGCUGCUGGCCCUUAGGUGCAGCAGAUUCGGAAGCCUCAGGGCAGAGGGGAGAGAAUGUCUGAAACCAAUAUAAGGGACAUGGCCACAGCUCCAGGGUAGGGAGGAGAGAGGCCUGCUUCACCUAGGGUCUCCUCAACUUCUGUCACCAUGCUUUCUUGGAGCCUAUGGCCUAACAAGGUCACCCUCAGAUCUUCCAAGGUACCCAUGGGAACCAUGGUCUAGCACAGUGGUUCUCGACCUUUCCAAUGUUGUGACCCUUUAAUACGGUUCCUCAUGCUGUGGUGGCCCCCAACCGUAAAAUUAUUUCAUUGCAACUUUUAUAACUGUAAUUUUGCUACUAUUUGGAUGAUAAUUUUUUUUUUUUGGAGAUAGGGGUUUGGCAAAGGAGUCAUGACCUACAGGUGGAGAACCACUGGCCUAGAGAUUAUACGACACCCCCAACCCCACCCCCAUCACGGCACAGCGUUUUCCUAUUGUUAAGCCCCACCCCGCUCCCUGCUCUGAGUUCUAGCUUUGAGGUGUGUUCACCUCUACUGUACUUAUACAAAGUAGAGGCCGUGUCCCUUUAAUAGAUCAAAAGAUCAAUAGUCUGUUCUGAUCUCUUGGCCUCAAUUUUGUUUUCAAUGGCUAGAGAGAGGAAGAGGGUGUCCAAGGAUCUGAGGUGAUUGGAAAAGGGCAGGGCGGGGCUGUGUGGGGAAGGGAGAUUGUCUUGGCUGUCUCUCAAGCCGUGUCCAGGAGAAACUGAGGCAAAGCCAGGCUGUGUGGCUCUCAGGAGGGCAGUGGCAUUGCCCUCUUCAGCACACAAGAUGUCUGUUCCCUGAGGAUGAGGAAGAGGAGGGGUAGGGGGAGGGGAAGAGGGGGGGAGGGGAAGAGGAAGGGGAGGAGGAGGGGAGCUGGUGGACUUAGGUAGCUGCUUUGUGUCAUGGCUUUCAGGGCAUCUGAUUCUGGGCUGCUCAGUCACUGAACAGCUCUUCUCUAGUUUCUAAGAUGUCUCUGGUGGCCCUCCUCAGCCACCACUCACUGGAUGGCCCCUCAGCACUGAUGGCCUCAUAUCUGUGGCUUAGGCUCAGCACUUCCUCCAUUCAAUUAGCCCCAGCGCAUCUAGACAUCUAAUCAACUCUUGAUUCCCACCUUCUGUCCUUGCAACCCCCUGUUCUCGAACCUUCCCGUUCCCCAUCCUCAGGCUAAGGAAUGGCUCUCUUUCAUCUUCCCUUUCUUCUUUCUCACUUCCCCAAGCCCCCUAGAACGUUGCACAACCUCCUACUUGGUUUCAGGGCUGCAGAGUAGAAAGGCCGAGUGAGAUGCAUGGUGCCCCACCCCCACCGCAGCAGCUCAUAGCCCAGGAUGGACAGGAGUACGUGGGAGGUACCUCCAAACACAGAGGUCCAUGCGUGGGCGUGCCAAGGCCCUGGCGCUCAGGAGGUAUCCUAGUUAUGUUUCUGUUGUGAUAAAACACUGAGCAAACUGAGCCAACUUGGGGGGCAGAGAUGGUUUAUUUGGCUAAUGAGUCACAGUCCAUCUUUGUGGGAACUCAGGGCAGGAAGUCAAGGCAGGACUGGAAGUAGAAACGAGGGGCACUGUUUGUUGCUUUCAGGCUUAUCUUCAGCUGCCUUUCUAAUACCUUGCAGGACCACCUGCCCAGGAGUGGUGCUGUCCACAGUGGGUGGGGCCCUCCCACUCCACCAAUCAUUAAUCAAUAAAAAGCCCUCUGCUGGGUGUAGUGGCACACACCUUUAAUCCCAGCACCUGGGAGGCAGAAGCAAGUGGAUGUCUGUGAGUUCAAGGCUAGCCUGGUUUACGUCGAGAGCUCCAGGCUAGCCAGAACUACACAGCAAGACUCUGUCUCACCAUUAAUAAUGAUAACAACAAUAAAUAAAUAAUUAAAAGGUCCCUAUUGGCUAAUCUGAUAGAAGCAUCUUUUCAACUGAGGUUCUCUUUCCCGAUGCCCUUCGCUUGUCCAAGUUGACAAAACUAACCAGCACAGGAGGCCUGGGGAAUCCCUGGCCUUGGGGAAGCUACAGGCUGAAACAGAGUGGGAGUUACAUGCUGGAGACAUGCAAGCCGGGAGGACUGGGCAACACACUGCAGAACAGGCCCCCGAGUCGGGAGAGCAGAGGGGAAGGUCAAGGCUUGGAGCCCAGCCUCCAGGUCUCCCCUGCCUCUAGGGUAGGCUGUGGUGAUGAGGAGUAUGGGAACUGAAGCUGGGCCCUCUACAAAGGCACCCUUCUGCUGAGCCAUCUCUCCAGCCCACUUGGAGGAAUCUGUGCUUGUUAAGGACUCUGCAGGCAGUUCACAGAGGCAGGUAGGACUCGCUCCAGCUUAUGGUUCAAGCAGUUGGCCCAGAACAUGAAGCUAGGGCAACAGCUUGAGCUAGGGUUUGGCUAGAGAUGACAACCGACAGGCAAGGGAUGCUAAGUAGUUUAACAGCACUUACACAGGUGGAUUAAGAGCCCCGAUGGUGAAUUACAGAAACGCAAACGAACCUAGAAUAGGUUCUGUGUUACAUCUAUUCUAUAGGAAGCUCAUAUGGAGUGGUGUAACAGGGUCCAGACCUUAGCACAGCUGACUCCAUGAUGGAAGUGGCAUUCCGACUGUAAAACUCAGCACAUAGACACCGCCACCAGCCAGAAUGAAAACAAAGAUCUAAUCCACCAAGGUCCACAGUUCUAAGAAAGUCUCCACAUGAACUAACCUUGCUUUUUGGCUUCUGUAAUUAUGCUUCUGGCUAACUGUUCUUGCUAACUGAAGAAUGUCAACCCAGAAUACGGUUUUCGUCCUUAAAAGCUCAUUCAGAGAGAGGCUCAGGGCUACGCUGGCAUCUGGAAUACCCAGUGUAGUAGCCAGCCAGCUACUAAAGACUUUCUUUUGGCUUAAA